ACUGCAUCCAGUGCAGUCGUGCCGCCUGCGCACACUUUGCCCGGGGAUGUACAGAUCCUCCCACGCACUCGAUAUCAGCGACUCUGUCAAUAACUUGGAUGAUACAUAAUUUUUCUACGCCAGAAGGCCUGGGCUGCUUGUACCCCUGUUGCUUCGUUGAUCGGGAUGUUACGACUCGACGGAGUCAAGGGCUUGUCAACCUCGUCUCGAUUCCAAUAUUGCGGCCUUGCCGGCUCUUCCUUACGCUCCCCUCAUCCCCUCAACCCUGUCCAGCAGGAUUCUGUAGUAUCUUGGUUGUGUCGCAAGCACGAUUGCAUCAAUAUCCUGCAAAUCUCCCUGGUCUCACACCACCUUCGCGUCGAGAGCUUCAAAACCUUGCUUCAAGUUUGCCAGUCUUGAUGGCCCUGCCCUUCCGCGAAAGCACCACUUUGUUCGGGCAUCCUUGGAAGUUGCAUAUCGCAUGAGGUUACAACCACUACUGAGCGCACCACAAGCCACAACUUUCCUAAGCAAUAUGGAGCCGCCGUAAUAAUGGCAUGUCGGUACGUACAACUUGCAGUGGACGAGCAAAUGGCCACUCCUGAUGGGGUGUGCUAGCCUCCCUAACAUGGAGCGAGGUGUGUGGCUCCUCCUUUAGCGGUCCCACGAGCACAACUUGCUAUCUCACCACGCUCUUCUUCCCCGGGUGUCACCCACCAGACCAAUCAAUCUCUUCCCAUCCUGCUACCCCAAUUGUCUCUAGCGCAAGCGUUUGUCGAGACCAUUUAGCCGAUCCCGACAGGCCCACGCUUGCUCUUCGCCAGUGAACCACUCAUACCCUCAACCCAAUAAUGCCAAAAGACAUUCUGCUCAGUACCUAACAAUGCGCUGCUGAUCGACGGAUUGUUCUUAAAGAUGGUGCUAUCAAGAGUGUUUUGCUCAGAGAAGAUGCAACACUAUAUGUCGAAUUCUUUCGAUUUAUCGGUGCUUGGUGAAGUCACAGCAUCUUCGUCAAAUGCUGUCCAAGACAUAUAUGUAACAAAUGAGUGACCCCUGCCGCAAUUAUUUGCUUGGAGACCUGAGGCUGGACCACAGUUCCGGGCAGUGAACGGUCACAUCACAAGAGCGUGGCGGCCGAUGGCGACGUUGCGAUCUCCUUGGAUCAUUCGUUUGCCAUGCGGCGGCAUACUAAUUGUCAGACCAUAACCAAGACCUAUCACAAGGCUUGAGAGUCUCCAUGUCUUCUCAGGAGUCAGAGAUUCUCAAUCUCGUUAGUGUCGACGUCAGGGAGUGUCAAGGCUGGAAGACUUCUAGACUCACUACUGUAACGCCAGUACUCGCAAAACACCUGAGUCAUCGACCCUUGUUGUCCAGACACAUGUAUGGUGCCGCCAUCUUUCAAUGCUGCUGGGUCGUCCGUUCCUGAUAAGACAACUCGGUUGAAUGAUAAAAGGACUAUCGAUUGGUGGGAGUCGUCGUGUUCUCUGUUUUGCUACAUUUACAUGGGCUGCGCGAGGGAGACUACAUCACUGCUUCCGCCGCACCCUUUUCGGAGACCCUCCGGUGGAAAGCAACCCUUUUUGACAAUCCUAUCGCCGUUGUCAAACAUGGUGGUUGCGCAGUGCCUCGAACGACCAACGACCGCCAAAACCACCCACCCCUGUAGGAACCACAGGCCUUGCUUCAUGCUAUGCAAGCCUCCCGUCCAACAACUAUGAUGUAGGCUCGCGAGCGGCUAGAGCAAACCAAGUCUCGCCUAAGUCAAAUGUAUAUCACAUGGCACCUAGCAUGGCGACGAUGUGUUCUCCGAAACAUGCCGAUGGAUCAUUAUCCGAGCAGUACUGGUGCAUGAAGGAGACUCAGUCAUGGCUCUUGAAAAUUGGCGGAAGACCCGAUGAUUCAAGACUGCAAAGGGUGGUGACAGCAUUGAAAUUUUCUGAAGAUUUCAGGUCAUCCAGUACGCAGAACAAAUACCUGUCUGUGAUGCCUUUCCGGCGGAGGAGCCUUGCCACGCGGGAACAGAAAUCUAUGGUCCAAAGUCUGUUCCUUCAAGGAAAGCGGUCGGUUUCCUGGACGCGCCUCGGAUUUUCGCCCUCCAGGCCAGCCAGUCCCUACAAAGGCGCAACUUCGCCUAACCCAGUGAAAAGGCCAGAAGUCCAGCUGGAACCCAUUCCAGUAAGACAUCUGUAUAUCUAGCGAAGUGGCAAGAGACAUAAUGCAGGGUCAAGAACAGUUCCACCGCCCUUUGACUUCCUCACAUGUUCACCUCGCUUGCAUUCUUUGCUCUCUCUCCUACCGGUAGACGAGGAAGGGCCGGUGCGGAACCGCUGUCCCAAGAGAGAUCAACCAUCACGAGCAACCCUCGCUCUGUCUGUUCAGAAACACGCUCGAGUAAACGUUGGUUGUCGCCUGGGUUGAGAGAUCAAUCAGGAUGGUGACAGACAGAUCCAUCGGCAAUUCUACCGACCUAUCAGAUCAUUUUUGAAGCAGCCAAGGCACAUACAGGCCAAGUACUUUUUAAGUUGAGCCAUAUCAAGCAUUGAAAGACGGAAAGAGUAACUCGGAGCGCCCUCUAUCCGCUGUACUCCGCUGUGCACCACGGGCAAACAUAAUUUGAUCUCGCCUUCAUACCCCUGCCACACGGGAAAGACGAAAAACUGCAAUGUGCUUGAAUGGACCAUCUACUUGCGCCUGUCAACUUGUAGGCAUGAUACUACGACUCCGAGUGGUGGACUACCCUGGUCGACUUUGUGCUCCGUUUGUUGUCCUGAACGGCACUCUAUCAGGUGUACAUUUUACGGCACAGUCUUUGACAUAUAUCCGACAAGUACAAUCACCAUACAGACAUCUUUAUGUCGAUAUUUCAAGCUUUGUACUAGCUUAUUGGCCACGUUGUGCUAGGUAAUAGUUCCAACUCUAAGGCUCCAAAGGGUCGGAACCUUCGAAGAAAUCUAAGGCUACGGCCUCGGAUGGCGAACCUAAAGUUCGGGGCAUUAUUGAACCUUGACAGCUGAGAAACCGACGUGGUUGGCAAGUGAUACUGGGUCAGGGAGAGGUGGCGCUCUCCGAGACACCAAGAAACUCAAAGUGAUGGGAAGUGAUCAGUCUGUCGUCCAGGCGUUCUUCCGUACCAUCCAGACAAAUGAUGUGUGGACAGAAGGCAAACUGGAUGUGAUACAGGCUGACUCGCCCGGCCCUGGUCUGAAGAGCAGCUUACACAUGACCUGUUGCACUCAGCAUUAUUCUACUACUACUCUCUUUUGACGGGACGGGUGCGUUGACCAGGUAUAUUUCAGUCCCUGUCAUAUUUGACAUGUGCAGCGAGAUGGGCACACAUGACGAACGAACGCGGCCGAGUUCUGGGGCUCUGCUUUCGCUACCAGCAUUGCCUGCAAGACGGUUAAGCAGCAGAUACACUUCACUACGGUUAUUAACCAUACUGGGAAGUUGAGCUGGUCGCCAGAAGCGAAAGGCCCGACAAGCCCGACGGUAUCUUCCCUGCUCCUAAGCGAGCUUUGUAUUGUUCCGCCGUGGGGGUUGGAAAAAACAUCACCCGUGGAUCGUCCAAUAUCGGACACUGUUGGGGAACAGAGUUUCCAUCACCACUUUCAAUAUCUCACAGGUUUCCCUCAGUCUGGUGCAGCGUCCGCCAAGCUACAGUGACAGUGUCACGGGCCUCAAACCACUUGCUGUCUGCUUUUGACUUUAUAUCCACCGUUCCCCACUUCUCGGCCCCGUUUAUGAAGCAAUUUUACUAAUACGUCAAGGAUGCUCAAACCCACCCCGACCGUCGCCCAAGCGCAGAUCGGCUGGAAGCAGGCUAGUAGCCACCGACAAGGCAAAUCGAAGCUGGCCCGACUGUCGACUCUCGAACUCGACGUCGACAUUAAACACCGUACAACGACAGGCCAAACAUCACGCAUUGGUUUGUACUUGAUUGGCCUGAUCUACGAGGCUAGGACUGCGUUGCAGAACCUCAGCCUACAACGCACAGUACAGCGGAUACGCUCACCAUUUCCAACUGCCUCGGGCGCCCAGCCUGUUAUUUUCGAAUCAUCUUUAAACCUAUCCCGCGCAGCAAAGCUGUGCAUGUUGAUGUGUGCAAAAUCAUCAAAUGUGGGGUAUUAUAGAGUGACCCAUAAGGCAAUAAGAUUCCAGGUCAGCCAAGUGGGGACUUCGCCGUCGCCUUCCUCCAGAGCGACUGUACGUUGUACAGACAAGUCAAAGCUCGGGCCCCUCGGACUCCGCUGUGAAUGAAGGUCCAUGGCCACACGGCAUGGGUAUAACGACUUGAAAUGUCAUGCUUCCCGAUCCCAUCAAGGGUUAGGAAGUUCCC